UUGGAAGUUUUGAAUACAAAAAAUCACCUGGAUUUAUCGCAUUUGUUUUUGGAGGCCAAGAAAUUUAAGGAGUUGUUGAAUAUUUUGAGGAAUUCCGAGAUUUCGGAUGAUAUUUCGGUGGAUCUUUCGAGAUGUGGUAAAUUAUCUAGAUUUUUUCACAACACUGGUGGUGGGAGCUUGACCAAUUUUUGACCAAAAAUAUGCAUCUUUCUGUUUUUUGGCCAAACAUUGACUGAAAUUUGGCCUUCACGGUCUAUUUUUGGCCAAUUUCUGACCAACUUUUGGACCAAAUUUUGAUCAAAAUUUGGUCAAAACAGUGAAUUUUGGCUAAUUGUUUUGGACAAAAAUGAACCAAUUUUUCAAUUUCCUCCAAAACUAAAAUAUUGAUUUUGUAGAUUUCAACCUCGAGGAAACGUAUAACUUGAAAGAUAUCAUGAGAAAAUGUGUUUCGCUCAUUUGCCAUGGAACAAAGGCGAAUUUUGAGGUUUUAUUCGAUUCAAUGAGCAAUUUACGGAAAUUUACGAUAUCUUCAACGGAGGGGAUUCGAGAUCAAAUGAUUCUGGCAAAUUUAAUAUCGAAUAACAAGAAUUUGGAAGAUGUUGUGAUAAUUGAUAUGAAAAUUCGAAGUUUAUCACCUUCCCCGAUUCUCCUGAAAAUUAUUGAAUUAGAAAAUUUGAAAACGCUGAAUUUAUCAGGGAAUAAAUGGAUAAAUGAAGAGGAUUGGCGAAUUUUACUAGGAGAAUUGAAAAAUUUGGAGGAACUCAAGAUGAAUAACACUGAAAGUAUGGUCGAAUUCGAGGCUGAAAUGCUGCCGAAGCUGACGUAUUUUGAAGCUAGGAGAUCGGAAUUGAAUUGGGCAUCGCUUGUCGAAUAUUUUUCAAUAUCGCGGGUUUCGAAAAUUGAUGUUCGAGGAAAUAAUUUAGAAAAUUUGGAAGAUUGGGAGAUUUUGAAAGAAAGAGGCAUCAAGAUUUUAAAGUGAUUGUGAUUUUUGUGAAUAAUUUUCUAGAUUUUUGAAUAAAUUUCCUAAUUUUUACGUGUUCUGAUUAUUCUACGUUUUCCUCAUUUCUAGCUAUUCAGAGAUCAAUAAAAUGAAAGAAAAUAUAUUAUUCAUCUUCAUAUUUUUGGGAUUAUUUCAAAAUUCUAUCGCGAAAUUGAACUAUACCCAUGGAAAUGGGUCGUCAAUUGAAAAUAAUGAUAUGAAAAUAUUGAAAAAGCGAGAAGCUUUUAUUUUCUAUCAGCAAGAAUUUGACAAAUUAUCGGGGAUUCUUGAAAAUCACCUGAAACCGCUGAUGAAAAAAGUGACGCGAAUCACGGUGGAUGAUGAUUUAACGAUUCCACAGGUUUAUGGCAAAGAAGUCUAUCAAAAUAAAAUCAAUACGCCGCUGGCAUUGAGGAGAAAUUAUAUGAUCACGGUGACCAAGCAGAAAAUAUUCGAGGAAAUUUAUAAUGAGGGAACUGCGCAGAAUAAGUUGAAUGUUGUUUAUUCGGGGAAGAAGAAAUGGGCGGCGCAUAUCACUGCGAUUAAUUCAAAUAUUAUUUUGCCGAUUGAGGGAGAAUCAGGUUGGUUUGCCGCGUCAUAGCUCAUAUUUAAAGUUACCCUAACUUUUUUUGGCCAGCCUAUAUGAAGUUAGGGUAACCUCUGCGGAAGCUUGCGAGUAAUAGUCAUACAUAGACCCUUUAGGUAACGCCCCCCCCCCCCCUUCUAGGAAAUAUUUUCAAUAAGUUAACCCCCCUAACCAAUUUUUUGUGGGUUUUUGGCAUAGAAUUCUCCAAAAUUUUCAAAAGUUAAAGGCCCUACCUCCAAAAAUGCACCUAAAGUUAACCCCUCCCUCCGAAUUCGGAGUCCCAGUUCAUGUAUGUUGUCUCUGCGCGGAAAAAGCUGGCGGCCUACACUAUUAACAGGUUAACUUUAGGUGCAUUUUUGGAGAAAGGGCCCUUAACUUUUGAAAAUCUUGGAGAAUUUUAUGUCUUUAGAGGCCAAAACCCCACAAAAAAUUGGUUAGGGGAGGGGGUUAACUUAUUGAAAAUAUUUCCUGGAAGGGGGGGGGGGUUAACUAAAGGGUCGCACAGGGUGUAAUUUACUACCUCAAAUCGCUAGACCUCAAAUUUUUAAUUAAUUUUUGGGUAGAUCAAAAAUCAUUUUUCUCUAAAUCUCUCGUUUUUGCGUUGAAUUUCGUCGAUUUUAGUCCCACCCCUAAGAUCGUGUCAGGUCUCAAAAAAUGCGCGAAAUUUUUCGGGUAGUAAAUUACACUCUGUGGGCGGCCAUUCCGCGUACACGGUUAGGUCAUGCCAACAUGGCUGAUUUCCCCUGUGAGGUACCCCUAACUUUAUAAAUUGGCCAAAUAAGUUUUAUAGUUUGUUGUGAACUCUCUGAAGUUUGCCACGUCAUAACUCAUAUUUAAAUUAAAGCAGUUUCUGACAACAGAAUCGUGAUCAGCGGGGCAAAAUCCACUAGAAAAUAUUGAUUUACAGAUUCAAUCGAUGAGGAAUCUCUGCUUCUAGCAAUCGAUACAUUAUUCAUAUCAUCCACACAUUCCGAUGGAAUUGAUGACGAAUUCAAACGAGUUAAACUUGAGACAAAUAAAUCGGCUCAUGAAAUAAUUGUUGCUGUCAUUUUGGGCAUUUAUCUGCUGUUUGCCAUCUCGUUGGCUGUGAUUUGGUUUAUUCGAAGAAGAUCGUUGAAAAAUCAAGAAUCUGAGAAGAAAUCGAGUUUAUUGAAACCGCAGGCGAAUGAUAUUGAUGAUGAUGCCGAAAUUGAAUUUGUUGAUGAAUAA